AUGAUGAUUCGCGUCCAGUAUUUAUUGGCUGUCGCCGCGUUCCUGAUAGUUAACAACUUUUGUGAAAUCGAAGCUCAUGGGAAGCUCUGGGAUCCUGUCAAUCGGGGUAGCGCCUUCAAGAAGAAUUUCUCGACUCCUGAAAAUUGGAACGAUGAUGGAAAUUACUGCGGAGGAUUCACCGUGCAUAAGCAAAACAAAGGAAAGUGCGGUGAGUGCGGGGACAACUGGGUUCUUCCUCGACCACGACCGAACGAAAAUGGAGGCAAAUAUGGACGCGGGGUCAUUGUCAAAACUUACCAUGCCGGAUCGGAGAUCACCGUGGACAUCCACAUAACUGCUUUCCACGAAGGUUUCGUCGAAUUCGCAUUAUGCCCAUUAAAAGAGAAGCACGAUUUGGAAACCGAAGAUUGCUUUGACAAGCAUAAGGUCCAGUUUGCCGAUGGUACAUACAAAUAUAAACCUACGGGAAGAGGGCACUUUUACCCUCGGCUUCGUCUGCCUCGUGGAUUGACUUGCGAGCAUUGUGUUCUCCGCUGGCAAUACACGGCUGGGAACAACUGGGCUAUUUGUCCAGACGGUCGUGGUCGUAAAGGUUGUGGUCUACAGGAGACUUUCCGAACUUGUUCCGACAUCACGAUUCAAUAA